GAAACGAACAGCAAACACCGGACGCUUCCCGCCUCGCCGCGUUCUGAACUUAUUACAUGGAGCAUGUGAACAAAAACUAGACCGGAAUGUCAACUCCAGACAUCGCAAUCGUGGUCAUGAUGAUGUUGUGAUAGAGCCCCUUUGGUCCUUCUUACCACUCUCAUUCCAUCUCACCCUCGCCAAACUCGCCCACCGCUGGCACAAUGGCGGUCCAGUCCAAGCUGCUCCCCCCAGGCCGGAGCGUCAAGCAGAUCAUCUCGCAGUUGACCUCUCUUUACCUCAAAAACCGCACGAACAUCUCUCGCACCAUCUACAUUACCUUGGUCGUUGCACUGAUCCAUCGAAUCCACAAUGCCAUCUCAGAGCAAAAGGCCGCAGCGAGGAGGCAAGCCGAGAUUCAGCGAGAGCGCGCUCGGCACUCGCAGCAGGCAACGGAGGAUGCAGACGCGAAGGACGAGAAACAACAGGAGGAACACAGAAAGAAAAGAGUCGAGAUCAACAGAGAGUUCUUUCGCAAUCUCCUGCGGCUCCUCAAAAUUGUGAUCCCGGGUUGGAGAAGCAAAGAGCUGCGACUCAUCGUCUCCCACAGCGUCUUUCUCGUCAUCCGCACCCUCCUCUCUCUCUACGUUGCCGAGCUCGAUGGCAAAGUCGUGUCGGCACUCGUCCGGGGCAAAGGACGAGAGUUCGUCUUGGGUCUCGUGUGGUGGAUGCUGGUGGCCGUGCCCGCAACCUUUACGAAUUCGAUGCUGCAGUACCAUCAGACGCGCCUUGCUCUGGCCUACCGGACGAGGUUAACACAAUACAUCCACGAAAAGUAUCUCAAUAACAUGACCUUUUACACACUCUCAGCGCUAGACGAUCGAAUAAAGAACGCCGACCAACUCAUCACCGUUGAUGUCUCUCGCUUCUCCAACUCGCUCGCCGAACUCUACUCGAACCUUGCAAAACCCAUCCUCGACAUGGUGAUAUACAAUUACUCUCUCUCAAAGUCCGUUGGUGGCGAGGGUCUCUUCGCUAUGGCUCUGCUUGUACAGAUAUCCGCCAAUGUUAUGCGCGCUUUGACACCUCCGUUCGGAAAAUACGUCGCCGACGAAGCCCGACUAGAGGGGGAAUUCCGUUUCCAGCAUACGAGGUUGAUAGAUUACAGUGAAGAGAUCGCAUUAUACGCCGGCCACGAGGCUGAAAAGGACGGUCUGGACAAGGGCUAUUUCACAUUGAUCAAACAUGUCAAUCGCAUAUUGAGGCGGCGGUUCUAUCACGGCUUCAUGGAAGACUUUGUGAUCAAAUACUUCUGGGGAGCCCUUGGCCUCCUUCUGUGCUCGCUGCCUGUCUUCUUCAAAAUCCCUGGACAAAAUCUCACUCCGGGAGAAUCCCGAGGCGACCACACCGAAUCCUUUGUCACAAAUCGGCGCAUGCUCCUGAGCAGUUCGGACGCCUUCGGCCGCAUCAUGUUCUCCUACAAGGAAAUCACCGAACUCGCAGGCUACACAUCUCGCGUUGCCGGCUUGCUAGACGUCAUGGACGAAGUCUCGGCUGGACGAUUCGAGAAGAAACUGGUCAGCUCAGCGUCGACGGAAGAGAACGCCGCGGUACUGAGAGGGCGCGGGACAAUUGAAGAAAGCGAAAACAUCGAAUUUACGGACGUGCCCAUCGUGAGCCCCAACGGCGAUGUUCUAGUGAAGAAGUUGACCUUUGCAAUCAAACCUGGCGAUCACCUAUUGAUUGUUGGGCCGAAUGGAUGCGGGAAAUCGUCGCUUUUUAGGAUCCUCGGUGGUCUUUGGCCCGUCUAUGGCGGGUCUGUAAAGAAACCCAGGUUCGAAGAUAUAUUCUACAUUCCUCAACGACCGUACCUAAGUCGAGGCACUCUGAGAGACCAAAUCAUCUAUCCGGACACCCUGCGAGAAUUCCGGGCCAAGAAUGGCUCCGAGGAGCAACUCAAGCAGAUCCUCUCAAUUUUGGAGAUUGAAGCCAUUAUCAAUAGACCCAACGGGUGGGACGCCGUGGAAGAAUGGCGCGACGUCUUCUCCGGGGGGCUGCAACAGCGGAUCGCCAUGGCUCGCCUCUUCUACCACAAGCCCAAAUACGCCAUCCUGGACGAAUGUACCAGCUCCGUGACUCUGGAAAUGGAGAGGAAGAUGUACGAGACGGCCAAAGGCCUCGGCACGACAUUGAUGACCGUGAGUCAUCGGCGGAGUUUGUGGAAGUACCACAGCAUGAUCCUGCAAUUUGACGGGCAGGGCGGAUACGUGUUUUGUCCGUUGGACGCGGAGAGGCGGAUCAAGCUGGAAGACGAGAAGGAGGAGCUGGAGACGUUGUUGCGAGGGGUCGACGCGUGGGAAGCGCGGCUCAAGGAGUUGGAGGUUUGAGAGGGGCCAGCGUCGUUGGUCCCGGUAUCAAAUCCAACCUGCUCGCCAGCCAGCCAGCCAGUGCAAUUGGGAUUCCGAGCCCACUCUCCCGCAUACUUGUGUCAUCAGGUCAGCCAGUUGGGAAGCACCACUGGGCCUUUUCACCUUUUCACCUUUUCAACCUCAAUUCAAGGCCCUGGCAUUGUUUGUAUGCAUGCCACGUGGAAAGCGAACCAGGUCCCCCAAGCUGGCCGCUGCUGAAACCCCUUGCUCUCGACCUGGCCGCCGACCUCACUCAGACAGACGGUAGUUUCACAGCAAAGCGAUCCAAGAACUAGAGGAGGCCGAACGGAAGACUUUCGCGCACGUUACACAUCCAAGACAAGAGCACGCGCUGGAGUCGACCGGGCAGGCCCGUUCAAGCAAGGUCGGUCUGGUGAACAAUUGGCCUGGGAUUGUAUUACAAGUGUGGAAAUCUAGUCCCUUGGGCAGUCACAUUCAGGCUUGAGCGUGCCUUACGGGCGGGAAUGGACAUACACACCGCAACAGAGCGAGAGUGUGUAAGUGAGAGACUCGAAUGAAACGCACAAGGGCUUGGGGUGAAAUGGACGGAGGACUGGAGGAGGUUGUCCUAGAAGGUGUAUGUAUUGGAAAUCCCUCUCCCGGUCUACAAACAUACUCGGCACGGGCUACUCUGGAGUAGAUUCAGAUGGCUCGAGGUGGCUCCUGAGCCAGCCUGGGUAGGUAGUGAGCCCUUGAGGUUGCCAGUACUACAGAUUCUUCUCCCGCUGCUCUUGAAUGCACCGUGCUCAAAUCGAGACGGAGGCAUUCACCAGGACCUGGAAAAGGAUGGGUUAUACCUCUCGCCCUGCGCCCCUCGACAGGAGAUACAUACCCCGUCGCAGGGCGUUCACCGCGUGUCGUGUGUAAGGACAAGUAAUCCAAGAAUAC